CUUCAGCAUCGGCCAAUAAUAACAAGCCAGACGCAUUUACAAAAAACACCCCUUCCCAAAUCCGGAGCACCGGCUGCAUCAGGGGCAUUCUCGUCUUUUCUAUUCCCCUCGACCCUCGACAGUCGACACUCCCUUCUUCAAAAGGCGACCGCGGUCCUCGUCUCCUCCUCUUCUCUCGUCAUCAGCAUCGUGGGAGAGCGCGGUUCUGGUCACUCUCCCUGACCUCUCUAUUCCCCUUCAUCCUGUGAGAUUACCGGCAACAAAAUGGCGGGAGGCGCGGAGAAGAUCGACUACGUGUUCAAGGUCGUCCUGAUCGGCGAUUCGGCGGUCGGAAAGUCUCAGAUCCUCGCUCGAUUCGCUCGGAACGAGUUCAGUUUGGAUUCCAAGGCGACGAUCGGCGUCGAGUUCCAGACUCGGACGCUGGUGAUCAGUCAUAAGAGUGUUAAGGCUCAGAUCUGGGAUACUGCUGGCCAGGAGAGGUAUCGGGCCGUCACUAGUGCAUACUAUCGAGGCGCUGUUGGUGCCCUUCUCGUUUAUGACAUAACCAAACGCCAGAGCUUCGAUCACAUCCCACGCUGGCUGGAAGAGCUCCGAAGCCACGCUGAUAAGAACAUUGUCAUCAUGCUGGUUGGUAACAAGUCUGACCUUGAAGACCAAAGGCAAGUUUCCCUCGAUGACGCCAAAGAAUUUGCACAGAAGGAAGGCCUCUUCUUCCUCGAAACAUCAGCUCUCGAGUCUACCAACGUGGAGCCUGCUUUUAUGACUGUGCUCACUGAGAUUUUCAAUAUUGUGAACAAAAGGACUCUAGUUUCUGAUGGCCAGGGUAACGGUACAGCGCCAGCUGCUUUACCUGGGAAGAAGAUCAUUAUCCCUGGACCAGCACAGGAGAUUCCAAAGAGCAGGACUUGCUGCUCGUCGUAAUUUGGGGUUGUUGUUAUCUUGGGUUUGAGUAGUACGUGUGAGUUGAAUUGUUUUUUAGGUCUCUUGGUAUAUUUUGUAUAUGCUGGUUUGUCUUCAGAUCUGGAUGGCAAUUUAUCUGCAACUCACAAGAGCUUUGAUUGUUACGUAGAAGGCCACGGCGGUUUGGCGGUUUUGCGCUAGGCUCAUAUUUAGAUGCUCCCGUGUGUUGUCUUUGACAUAUGAAUCUGAUCUGAUGUUUUUCACACUUUUUCAAGAAGUCAACCUGAGGGGGCCUGACCCUCAAGGUAUUAUUUGUUGGUGUUUUUAUCAUAGUUACAUGGAUCACUAUGUUGGGGCAGUACGUAGAUUGAGACUCAUGGACGUACAUUAGACCCUACCGGACUCUUCCUUGAGUUAGUAGACAAUGUAUCUCGGUUCACAUAUUAUAUGAUAAACUUGAUUAA